CUUUCGCUUCCCGACGGGCAGAGCCCGACCAUCAGCGCGCUGAUGUUUUCGGCGGGGGUGCUGGGGAACCUGAUCGCUCUGGCGCUGCUGGCGCGCCGGUGGCGGGGCGAGUCGGGGCGCGGCUGGGGCUGCGGCAAGCCCAACUCCCUGUUCCAUGUGCUCGUGACCGAGCUGGUGUUCACCGACCUGCUGGGGACGUGCCUCAUCAGCCCCGUGGUGAUGGUGUCCUACGCGCGAAAGCAGACCCUCGUGGCCCUGGAGCCCGAGGGCCACCGGGUGUGCAACUACUUCGCCUUCGCCAUGACCUUCUUCAGCCUGGCCACGAUGCUCAUGCUCUUCGCCAUGGCCCUGGAGCGCUACCUGUCCAUCGGGCACCCCUACUUCUACCAGCGCCACGUGACAUGCCGCCUGGGCCUGGUGCUGCUGCCGUCCAUCUAUGCCGCGUCCCUGCUCUUCUGCUCCCUGCCGCUGAUGAGUCGCUGGAAGUACAAGCAGUACUGCCCCGGGACGUGGUGCUUCAUUUCGCCCCAACCGGCCGGCUACCUGGAGCUCUACGCCUCCCUGGUGCUCCUCAUCAUCGUCGCCGUGCUGCUUUGCAACUGCAGCGUCAUCCUCCACCUUGUCCGCAUGCACCGUCGGAACCAGAGAACCCGUUGCGGGCCGUCGGUGGGCAGCAGCGUCCGUGGCGGGUCCAGGUCCCGCAAAAGAGCGGAGAGGUUGUCCAUGGCGGAGGAGAUGGACCACCUCAUCCUCCUGGCUGUCAUGACCCUCACUUUCACAGUGUGCUCGCUGCCUGUGACAGUAUCUGCAUAUAUGGAUAAAUCUUUUUACUCUCAGAAAAACUGGGACCUUCUCGCGCUUAGAUUUUUAUCAAUUAAUUCAAUAAUUGACCCUUGGGUCUUUGCCAUCUUUAGACCGCCUGUGCUGAGACUAAUACGGUCAGUCCUAUGUUGCCGGGUUUCAUUAAGAGCACAAGAUGCAAUACAGACUUCCUCUUCUCCAUAGUCAA